CUAGCUGCUAAGCUAGCGCGGAGAAAGGCAGCGCCGGUCAGUAAGAAGCUACUCCUACAGACCGCGACCACUUCCCUGAGGACAGCAGGAACUUCACUCGGUGACAGAAAACACUGUGAGUAAUGGCUUCCUGCGCGUCUUGCACCAUACUCACGGAGAGGUUGGCUCUGCUAGAGGGCCGUGUCCGCCAGUUAGAGCAGAGUAAUGUCGUAACUUUAGAUGUUGCGGACACAUCUGCUAGCGUUAGCUGUAGCGAGCUAACUAGCCCAGCUUGUAGCAGUCCUAAGCGGCCUACAAGCUACGGUGUACCGGUUGAGACGCAUAAUAGAUUUAGCUCUUUAGCUAGUCCUACACCCCAGUCUACCGGGCACCACACCUUAGUUAUAGGGGACUCCAUCACCCGAAACAUAAAGCUUAGCAAACCAGCCACAAUAAAGUGUAUCCCCGGGGCCAGAGCACCUGACAUUGAAGCUAAUCUUAGGGAGCUAACUCGCAACAGGCCUAGUAAACACGUACGACAGGCUAAUCGCACCACUAAUUAUGCGAAUAUAGUUGUACACGUUGGCUCCAAUGACACUAGAAUGAGACAGUCAGAGAUUACAAAGAGAAACAUAGCCAGGACUUGUGAUCUCGCCAGAAAGAUGUCCAGGCAUCGAGUAAUUGUCUCUGGCCCCCUGCCUGCGAGAGGCAAUGAUGAGAGAUAUAGCAGAUUAGUCUCGCUUAACAAGUGGUUGGCUAGCUACUGUAGGACGCAGGGACUAACGUUUAUUGAUAACUGGCCCUCUUUCUGGGGCAAACCAGGUUUGCUGAUGAGAGACGGCCUUCACCCUAACCAGGAAGGCGCCAUCAUCCUGUCUAGAAACAUAGACUACUAUUUAAGUCUCACUUGACUGACUACACUAGAGCAAGCCCGGUCACAGGCAAUUACAAUGUCUGUUAGUCCGGGUGAGGAGUCAGUUAAGCUAGAACUAGCCAGCGCCAGGCUGGAUAAUCCAUGUACGCAUAGCAAUUCUCUUAGAAUAAUACACAAUUCACAUAAUGUUUUUUCUGUUGUGUCUGUGUCAGAGGUGGACAUGCAUUCUACUGAGGUGGCAAAUUAUGAUAUGUCCAGUCUAUUGCAGCACCAAGCAAACAAUCGGAAAAUUCCCGUCAUAUCAAUUCCUAGAUAUGGUCGAAACUAUUUAAAGUGCACUACGCAUAAUAAACGCAACAUUGUUAAUAUUGCCACUACGGAUAAUCUUAACAAAAACUCGUCAAAACAGCCCAAUACCUAUAAUAUGGGCUUUUUAAACAUAAGAUCAUUGUCUCCCAAGGCGUUUUUGGUUAAUGAGGUCAUUAGAGACAACAAUCUUAACGUCAUUGGUCUUAGCGAAACCUGGCUCAAACCGGACGAAUUUUUUGCGCUCAAUGAGGCAUCUCCUCCUAACUAUACGAAUGCGCAUGUUGCCCGCCCUCUUAAAAGGGGAGGGGGUGUCGCACUAAUAUACAAUGAAAAUUUCAACCUUACCCCUAACCUAAACAAUAAAUAUAAAUCGUUUGAGGUGCUUACUAUGAGGUCUGUCACACCGCUACCUCUCGACCUGGCUGUUAUCUACCGCCCCCCUGGGCCCUAUUCGGACUUUAUCAGUGAAUUCUCAGAGUUCGUUGCUGAUCUAGUGACGCACGCCGACAAUAUAAUCAUAAUGGGGGACUUUAAUAUCCAUAUGAAUACCCCAUCGGACCCUCAGUGCGUGGCGCUCCAAACCAUAAUUGAUAGCUGUGGUCUUACACAAAUAAUACAUGAACCCACGCAUCGCAACGGUAAUACAAUAGAUCUAGUGCUUGUCAGGGGUGUCACCACCUCCAAAGUUAUGAUACUUCCAUAUACUAAAGUAAUGUCCGAUCAUUACCUUAUAAAAUUUGAAGUUUUGACUCUUUGUCAACAAGCUAAUAAUAAUAAUAACUGCUAUAGCGGCCGCAACAUUAAUGCUGCCACAACGAUGACUCUUGCUGACCUACUGCCUUCGGUAAUAGCACCAUUCCCAAAUUAUGUCGGCUCUAUUGAUAAACUCACUAACAACUUUGACGAUGCCUUGCGCGAAAUUAUUGAUAGUAUAGCACCGCUAAAGCAAAAAAGGGCCCCUAAAAGGCGCACCCCAUGGUUUACAGAAGAAAUUAGAGCUCAUAAAUUAUCAUGUAGAAAACUGGAACGCAAAUGGCGCGCGACUAAACUUGAGGUUUUCCAUCAAGCAUGGAGUGAUAGUUUAAUAACUUAUAAACGCAUGCUUACCUUAGCUAAAGCUAAAUACUACUCAAAUCUCAUCAGCCUCAACAAAAACGAUCCUAAAUUUCUGUUUAGUACAGUAGCAUCGCUAACCCAACAAGGGACUCCUCCCAGUAGCUCCACCCACUCGGCAGAUGAUUUUAUGAAUUUCUUUAAUAAGAAAAUUGAACUCAUUAGAAAGGAGAUUAAAGACAACGCAUCCCAGCUACAACUGGGCUCUAUUAACACAAAUACGACUGUAUAUACGACGGACACUGCCCUCCAAAAUAGUCUCUCUAUUUUUGAUGAAAUAACAUUAGAGGAAUUAUUACAGCGUGUAAGUGGGAUAAAACAAACAACAUGUUUACUUGACCCACUUCCUGGGAAACUUAUCAAGGAACUGUUUGUAUUAUUAGGUCCAUCAGUGUUAAAUAUUAUAAACUUAUCACUUUCCUCCGGCACUGUUCCCCUAGCAUUCAAAAAAGCGGUUAUUCAUCCUCUGCUCAAAAGACCUAACCUCGAUCCUGACCUCAUGGUAAACUACCGACCGGUCUCCCACCUUCCGUUUAUUUCCAAAAUUCUCGAAAAAACUGUUGCACAGCAGCUAAAUGAACACUUAGUGACUAACAAUCUCUGUGAACCUUUUCAAUCCGGUUUCAGGGCAAAUCACUCUACGGAGACAGCCCUCGCAAAAAUGACUAAUGAUCUAUUGCUAACGAUGGAUUCUGAUGCGUCAUCUAUGUUGCUGCUUCUUGAUCUUAGCGCCGCUUUCGAUACCGUCGAUCAUAAUAUUUUAUUAGAGCGUAUCAAAACACGUAUUGGUAUGUCAGACUUAGCCUUGUCUUGGUUUAACUCUUAUCUUACUGACAGGAUGCAGUGCGUCUCCCAUAACAAUGUGACCUCGGACUAUGUCAAGGUAACUUGCGGAGUUCCCCAGGGUUCGGUUCUUGGCCCUGCACUCUUUAGUAUUUACAUGCUGCCGCUGGGUGACAUCAUACGCAAGUACGGUGUUAGCUUUCACUGUUAUGCUGAUGACACUCAACUCUACAUGCCCCUAAAGCUGACCAACACGCCGGACUGUAGUCAGCUGGAGGCGUGUCUUAAUGAAAUUAAACAAUGGAUGUCCGCUAACUUUUUGCAACUCAACGCUAAGAAAACGGAAAUGCUGAUUAUCGGUCCUGCUAGACACCAACAUCUAUUUAAUAAUACCACCUUAACAUUUGACAACCAAACAAUUAAACAAGGAGACUCGGUAAAGAAUCUGGGUAUUAUCUUCGACCCAACUCUCUCGUUUGAGUCACACAUUAAGAGUGUUACUAAAACGGCCUUCUUUCAUCUCCGUAAUAUCGCUAAAAUUCGUUCCAUCUUGUCCACUAGCGACGCUGAGAUCAUUAUUCAUGCGUUCGUUACGUCUCGUCUCGAUUACUGUAACGUAUUAUUUUCGGG